AUGUAUGUUGACGACUAUUUGGGAUCCGCAAGAAGCGUCGAUGAAGGAUUGAAGGAGGCAUUUCUCGUCCGAAAAACACUCGCCGACGCUGAUUUGCAUUUUCAAGACUGGAUCUCUAAUUCCGAAGAAUUCGUUCGAGGGAUGCAAGGCGAGAAGAGGACCAACUCACCAGACGUUCCGUUGAUCGACGAUGGCAACAAGAAGGUGCUGGGCGUCGUGUGGACUACCCGAGACGACACGCUUGGUUUUCGAGUCGACAACAUGAGGGAUGAGGAAAAUACGCGUGUCAGUCUAACCAGCAAGGUAGCCACUGUUUUUGAUCCUCUGGGAUUAGCUGCGCCGCUCAUUGUCAAGGCCAAGGUCCGUCUUCGAGAAUUGGGAGUCAAAGGAUUGAGAUGGUCUGAUCCAGCAGAUGAAACGGAUCGCGUUUGGUGGGAAUCCUGGUUUGCAAUCAUGCGUGAACUUAUUCACGUUUCCAUUGAACGAUGUCUAUUUCCGGAAGAAACUGGAAUUGUCAAUUCUCAGCUGCAUGUGUUUGGGGACGCUUCGGAGAUGGCGUAUGCAACUAUAGUGUAUAUUCGCAACACCUAUAGUUCCGUUCAAGUUAUCAUCCGACUUGUAAAGGCUAGUAGCAAACUAGCGCCUAAAAAGACUUUAUCCGUACCUAAAUUGGAGCUGAAUGCUGCUCUUCUUUCUUCUCGCGUUGCUGCCGCCAUCCAGGGCUGUAUCACUCAUCCAGUUCAUCAGAGAUUCUUCUGGACGGACAGCAGCACUGUGCGUAACUGGAUACGUGCUACCGCGUCAUUUUAUCAGAUCUUCGUAUCUAACCGGAUCGGAGAAAUUCAAACUUUAACGGAAACAGGAGAAUGGCGGUUUGUUCCCGGAAGAUUGAAUCCUGCUGAUGCUGCUACUCGUUCUGCCAUUGGAGAAGAAGUUUGGCCCAAGAUAUGGCAAGAUGGUCCCGAAUUUCUCCUUAAACCCGAAUCUGAUUGGCCGACUGAUCUACCUUGGUUGGAUGCUACAGCGGAACUCAAACACACGAAACAAUAUCACAUUCAAGCAGCAACUGAUCCGUUCGACUGGUCAGAAUUUUGUCUGAAUGAAACUAACAUCUCCUCUUUCCUUAAAUUAGAUGGCCCUGCUCUUAAGUUUGUGAAGCAGUGUCAAAUGGAAGCCUUUUCUGACGACAUCUAUCGGGAAAAGCUUUACGCUCCUCUUCCCAUCUGUUAG